CACUCCCUCCCUCCUCACCCUCUUUUCUAUUUUGCCCCCCCAUCAAGAUUACUGAGCUUUGUAGAUCCGGAGGGCUCGUCUUGUUUACUACACCUCUUCAGAUGGGACUGUACAAAACCAUCUAAACUGGUCAGGACUGGUCAGACUGGUCGUCCUCCAGCUCUUUACCACUUCAACAUCUUGCUAAUCCUUCGUCGCAAUGUUAUUCAUUCUGCAGCAUCAUGUGCUGAGGAAGAGAUGAUGCCAUCAUCGCCGUGGUGACCGCACAGAGAGAAACAGGGCCUGAUCAUGGGAGACAGAAGGAGGUCACCAUGUGCAGAAAUCUUUCCAACUAUGCCCUCAUCUUCCUCUUCGUAGCCCUCUCUGGCCUCAUCUUCCUGCUGCGGAACAUCCACACUGUAGAGAACUGGAACUGUCACACUGUCUCCGCCCUCUACAAGCUCCAGAGCAGGAUCCAGUCCUCCUUCAUCCCGGUGAAUCUCCCCACCUUUCAUCACAACCGCACCUUCUGUGCCAACUUGGGCCAGAAACCGUCGCCCGAAGAUGAACUGGAGGAGCGCUACCUGCUGGGCUCUAUCGCCUGGCCCAGGCCUCCAGCUCGCUCUGCGCCGCCUGCCCUGCGACAGACGAGCGACCCCGUGCACAGCCUGUUCACCAUCCUUCCCACUAGGGAAGGGAGGGCGUGGCAUGUGGGAGACCAGCUGGAAGUCCUGGUCCAAAUGCACGACUUCCAGGGUCGGCCCAAGCACUACGGCGGGGAUUUCCUUUUGGCCAGGCUGCACACCCCGGAGCUGGGAGCAGGUGUAGCGGGUCAGGUGCUCGACCACAAGAAUGGAUUGUACUCCGCCCUGUUCCCGCUCCUCUGGUUGGGGUCUGCACAGGUGGAGAUAACGAUGGUGCAUUCGAGCGAGGCCGUGGCCGUGCUGAGGCGGCUGAGAGAAGAGCGGCCGGAUCGGGUUUUUUUUAAGAGCCUGUUCCGUCUGGGCUUCCUGUCCGAAACGACUCUGUGCAACAUCUGUCUGCCUCCAGACCAGCAGCCCCUGUGCAACUACACAGACCUGUACACAGGCGAGCCCUGGUACUGCUACAAGCCCAAGAUGCUCAGCUGUGACACCAGAAUCAACCACGCCAAAGGAGGCUAUCUGAAACACCUCAUCACCAACCGAGAGGCGCUGCUCUUCCAGAGUGGUGUAAACCUCAAAGUUGCCAUUCACGCUUCAGGAGCCGACAGGAUCAACGUGCUCCCUCGCAGGAAAGAUGAAGUGGGGGCUGAAAGCAGCAGUGUGAAACCAGAUCCUACUAAGUUUGCACCGUCUGGAUUUUAUUACGCGGACUCCUGGCGGCCUUUAGGUGGCACGUCAGUGCGCCGGUUCAACGACUCGUCUGCCAUCACUCAGUGUUUGAAGAACAAAGUGGUCAACAUGUACGGAGACUCGACAGCGAGGCAGUGGUUUGAGUACCUCACUGAAUUUGUUCCAGAAUUAAAGGAAUUCAACCUGCACAGUCCUAAAAACGUGGGGCCCUUCAUGGCGGUCGAGAGCACCAACAACAUCCUUCUGAAGUACCGCUGCCACGGCCCGCCCAUCCGCUUCUCCACCGUCACUGCCAGCGAGUUGCGGUACGUUUCCAACGAGCUGGACGGCCUCGCCGGCGGUCCCGACACCGUGGUGGUCCUCAGCAUUUGGUCCCACUUCAGCACAUUUCCCGUGGAGGUUUACAUCCGACGGCUGCGACACAUCAGGCGGGCGGUGUUGCGACUUCUGGACCGAGCGCCGGGCACGGUCGUCGUCAUCCGCUCGGCCAACCUCCAGGCUCUGGAUCAGGAGGUGAGCCUGUACAACAGCGACUGGUUCUCCCUGCAGCUGGACGACGUGCUCAGGGCCAUGUUCAGAGGACUCAACGUGCAGCUGGUGGACGCCUGGCAGAUGAGCGCGGCGCACCACCUUCCUCACGCCCUCCAUCCCCCUGAAGUCAUCGUCAAGAACAUGAUAGACGUGCUUCUGUCUCACAUUUGUCCCGAGGAAAAAAAAAGCCCACAGACAUAAAAGAUCAGUGAUGACAGUGGACCCUCUUCUUUAAAGGAAACUCAGACAUUUCUUAGUUAAAGGCUUUAUAUGUGAUUUUUAACACUUAAAUAUAGUAGAAAUCAAGUAUAUCCUCUGAAAAUAACUCUGUG